ACCGCGGAGGUUCCGGGAGCGGCCGAGCACGCACCCCAUCGGGGCUCGCGGCCAGGACGCUCCCGGGCUUCCCCCGGACGCCAGCCUCUGUCCCCGGACCCCGAAGGCCGCGAAGGAGCCGCGGGGCAGCCACUCUCGGCGCCCGCCAUGGGCCCGCGCCGCCGGAGCCGCAAGCCAGAAGUCCCGAAGAGGCGCGCCGCAAGCCCGACCCCCCGCACCCCCCGGCGGGGCCCCUCAGGCACUUCUUCCCGUCAGCGCGGUCCCCGGAGAUAUCGGGUUCUGAAGGAGAUCCGAAAGCUUCAGAAAAGCACAGACCUGUUGUUAAGGAAGAGCCCCUUUGGCCGCCUGGCGAGAGAGAUCUGUGUUAAAUUCACUCGCGGUGUGGACUUCUGCUGGCAAGCCCAGGCCCUGUUGGCCCUACAGGAGGCUGCGGAAGCCUUCCUGGUUCAUCUCUUUGAGGACGCCUACCUCCUCUCCCUACACGCCGGCCGCGUCACUCUCUUCCCGAAGGAUGUGCAGCUGGCCAGGAGGAUCCGGGGCAUUCAGGAAGGGCUUGGCUGAGCCCCGCCGCCUGUCUCCGUAAGCCAUAAGCCUUUCCUGUCGGCCAAAGAGAGAGUGAGAGAGCGAGCGCUCACUCGAUCUCUCCGGGGAGGAAGCACCCAGCGUCUGUCGCCGGGAUGGGAGUUUCCCUAACGGACGUUCCACCCUUGGUCCCUUGCUGUCUCAGCCCGCUUUGUUCUCUAGGAAAGGUUUGACUUGGUUUUAGCUUGAGUGCCUGGGACUCUGUGGCUCAUGUGCACUUUUGUCCCAUGUUGAAUAAAGAUCUUUAUUUAGUCAUGACCAGAUGACAUGAAUCUGUCAGAGUUCAGCCUCUGUUUCACAAGGACCAGAUGACCCAUUCUGAUUAAGAGAAGGUUUUCUUAACUUUGGAAAAUGCUUUGUUUGGUAUCAAACACGAUGCCUGAAUUUCGGGGAUGAUACCAGGGACUCUGCCCGGAGCCAAGAACCGACGCACGGAGUUCAAGGAGAUGCCUGGGCUCGUUUCGGAGCAGGGUACCUGUUGCUCUUGUUACACUGGUUGUUUUAAGAAGAAGACUGCAUGGCUUUCCUCUGUAACAGAGGUGAUCUCUGACAACACCAACAUCAUGCCAAAGGACUGAGAGUUAUUUUUAGAGAAAGAGACUCCAAGGUUCACUUCAGUUGGCGAAUUAUUCACACGACUGCAGAAUGAGUUUGAAGACCUCAGAUUUUCAGGUUAUGGGAAAGAAGGGUAUUUACUUAUUGUUUUAGAUCUUCCUGUACCUUUAAAUCUUUACGUUCUGAUGUUCUGGUCCCUCUUAGUAAAUUCCUAUCAAAGUCAUUCAGAAAUUCGAGCUUGCAGGUUUUAUUUUCUUCUUUUUCAUAAACCAUAGAAGACGUGUCUUAAUUUUUACACUUUAGAAUUUUUCAUUCCAGGAUUUUAAAGUGCCUUUUCAAAGUUUUUACAAAGGCGUUUUUAUAACUUCUUUGUGGAGAGAGAAUAAAAAUAAGAAUAAUUCUUUAAUGACAAAAAUGUAAAGCAAAGCUACUGUUAUAGCAUUAGAGACGCGACGUGUUGUGUGUAUGAAUGUUCAGUUCUUCAUUUGUACGCUGUUUUGCGAGCAGCCACUACUUAAAUAAGAGAAUUGAGGGACGUGUUUUUGCCUCCCAUGGAGUAGAAUAUGUGUGAGCGGAUAAAAACCUUGCCCUUCUAUUGUAAUAACUGAAAGCAGUUUAAGAAGUUACCAGAGAAAUGGAAAGGUCGGCUUUGAGAUUUUGCCCGCGACGGAAAUGAUUAGCAAGGGUAGACUUCUGACAGUGAUAUGUCUGGCGACCAAAUUCCAGGACUAGCUGAAGGGAAGGACCAAGUUCUAUCACUGAAUAAACUUUAACCCUUUGGAAAAACCUUCCUGUUCAACAUCAAUUCCUAUUUAUGCAGACAUUUGAAUAAAGCUUAUCUAUCGAUGAAUAUA